AUGGCCGUUGAAAGCGUCAAGAGCGUCGCCGUCAUAGGUGCCGGUCCCUCGGGUGCCAUCACGAUAGACGCAUUGGCGAGGGAGAAGGCUUUCGACGUCAUCCGCGUGUUUGAGCGGCGUGAAAGGGCCGGAGGAUGUUGGGUCGGCGAUGAUUCCGAGCAGCGGCCCCCGACGGUCUCACCUCUCGCCCAGCUAUCCGACAGGAGCGCAGACAGCCCGCUGCCCAUCCCGGACAAUCUGCCUGCCUACACCCCAAAGUCGGUGCAGCCGCGUUUCACAGAGUCCUCGAUAUACCCGUACCUCGAGACCAAUGUCGACCAUGUGGCCAUGCAAUUCAGCCAGGAGCCCAUUCCGGCCCAGGCAAGCAGACGGUCUGUCGACCUCUACGGCCCGACCACGCCGUUCCGCCCGUGGACCGUCAUCAGACAGUACAUCGAGGGCCUUGUCAAGCGCAACGGAUACGAGGACUACGUAUCCUACAGCACCACCGUUGAGCGCGCCGAGAAGGUCGGGGCCAAGUGGAAGCUCACGCUGCGGAGGGAUGGCAGAGAACGCGAUUACUGGUGGGUCGAGUGGUUUGACGCCGUCAUCGUCGCGAGCGGUCACUACUCUGUGCCAUAUAUACCGGCUAUCCCGGGACUCGAGCAAUUUGAAAAAUCGCGCCCCGGAAGCGUCAUCCACAGCAAGCAUUUCCGAGGCAGGGACCUAUACAAGAAGAAGAGGGUUGUUGUCGUCGGAGCAUCCGUGUCUGCAGCCGACAUCGCCGUCGACCUGGUCAGCGUCGCCCAGCAGCCCGUAUACGCCAUCACGGUUGGACAUACUUUCAACGGGUACUUUGGGGACGAGGCCUUCCGCCAUCCCGGAAUCGUGAAUCGGCCCACGAUCGCCAAGAUUACCGGUCGAACAGUCCAUCUGGAAGAUGGCGGCUCCGUCGACAAUGUGGACCACAUCAUCUUCGGAACUGGCUAUACCUGGACGCUGCCAUUCUUGCCAUCGGUGCCUACCCGCAACAACCGCGUGCCAGACCUGUACCAGCAUAUCGUCUAUCAGCACGACCCCACGCUCCUCUUCGUCGGCGCGGUACAGGCAGGCCUCACGUUUAAGAUAUUCGAGUGGCAGGCCGUGUAUGCCGCUCGGCUGCUUGCCGGACGUGGCACGCUCCCGUCUGUCGAGGAGAUGCAGAGAUGGGAGAUAGACAGGAUCAAGGCUCGCGGGGACGGUGGCAAGUUCGGUCUCGUUUUCCCCGAUUUCGAAGACUAUUUCGAUACUCUGAGAGACCUUUCUGGUCAGAGUGUGGGGAGACAACUGCCCAAGUUCAAGCGGGAAUGGUUUCGGUCAUUCAUGGACGGACAUGAGCUGCGGAAGAAUAUGUGGAGGACUUUGAAUGCGGAGGCUGCCAAGGGAGGGUUGGACAAGUCUGCUACGCACAGAGGGCCACGUCUGUGA